AUGUUCUCCACCUUUAGCCUCCGAUCCCUUCUCACUUUCGAUCCUUCCUUCUUUACCGACAGUUUUCACACCUUAAUCGACCACCCUCAACUCCCUAACCUCCCGCAAUCUGCCACCGACCAAACUCCAUACCUCAACGACAACAAAAAUCUCCUCAAAGUCCCCAAAACCGAAUGCCCUCUUAAUCUUCCUCCACUAGAAGAAUAUCUCCCACUUCAACAACAACCCUUCAACUUCCUCCCCCAAUCCUACCCACCUUUUCAAACUUUUCACCGUCUCCCUCAACUCCUUUCCCCUCCACACUCUAACACAAAACGCCUCCGCCACCUUUUCACCGAGGAAACAACUCCACCACAACAGAAACAACCUCACUUUGUCCGUGGAAAAUCUUCUUCUUUGAUUCCUCAGAGCAAGUUAGCAAGACAGAGAAGACAAACUCUAAGCGAGAAAACACGUUGUUUGCAGAAACUAAUAUCAUGGGAUAAGAAAAUGGAUCAAGCUACUCUUUUUGAAGAAGCUUACAAAUAUGUUCAGUUUUUGCAGGCACAAAUCUCUGCUCUUCAAUCAAUGCCUUCUCAUUCAACCACCACCUACAGCGGCGGCGGCAAUGGUGUUUUUGGUGAGUUGAAGAAGCUGAACAGAAAGCAGGCUUUGCAGGGGUUGCACAAACAAAGCUUUGUUCACGGGGUUACUGUGUUUACUCCAUGGAAUAAAUCUCUGUGCUCAGAAAAUCUUCAGAGAAAAGACAACAAACAGCAGCAGAAGAAUAUGUCUGAUAAUGGUUCUACUUCCGACACUUUCUUUCACUAA